GUAAAAUUAAACUUAUAAUAUUUGCUGUUUGCAUCCGUCUUCAAUGACGUGUAAAAUGGAGGAGGCAUGUAUCAAUUUAAAGGGGUCUGAAAUCAGGGGACAGUUUUCAUCAAGGAACAUUUCUAUGAUAAGGGAAAUCUCAGAUGUGAGCAAUUUGAAGCAGCUGAGACAAUAAUUAAGCAGGAAGCAUCUUCAGCUCCAAGUUCUGCCGCGCCAUGUUUAUCAGAAAUUUUAACACCAACAGCAUCAAAUAGCAAUAUCAAUAGACGAAUGAACAACACAUGACAUUAAAGGUAAUAGUAACAAAUAAAGU